CGUUGUGGCAGAGGUAGGAAAAUAGAACUACAUUUCCCGGGAGUCAGCGCGAGGAAGAAGCUGGGUCAGACGAGGUAUGCACGAGGUUAACAAUGACACCAGAUCCAGCUGCAGGAUAGCUCGCUGUCGGACAAUGUCACAGUGUGGAAUGGAGCAAAGGUCAACAUUUUCUCUUAAAUGCGAGUGACAGCAUGUAGCACGUUAACUACCUUGGGUUCUCCUUGUUAAAUGGUUCACUGUCACCAUCUCACUUUUCUCUGGCAUGGGGAGGCAGACGAGUUGAGAGUGGAAACCACAGUUGGAUUAAAGUUUUCUACCCAUUUCUUUCUUUGGUCCAAAAAAAGGAAUUUGGUAGCUUUUCGCAUCAAAACAAGCCCUCACAUGGUGAUUUGACACUGCAAAAAGUUACACUUAGCUGACAACAUGGUAGCAGAUAACACAGCAGGCAAUGGGGACCAGUCAGAGGGGGAGAAAGAGAUGGACCUGAAGGAGCGUGUGUCUGAAGACAGCUGCGGACACGAAAAUGGAGACAUAGAGAUGGCUGUCUCCGCUUCUGAGGAUCCGUCUCCCUCCGAUGGCGUCCCAGAGGAAGCCAAGAAGCCCCAAGAAUUGAAGUGGGCCGUGAUAUUCUUGUGUUUCUAUGGGUUUAUGGCAUCGAUAAAGCCCGGGGAGCCCUUCAUUACGCCAUAUCUACUCAGCCCUGAGAAGAACUUCACCAGGGAACAGGUGACCAAUGAGAUCACUCCAGUGCUGACAUACUCCUACAUGGCUGUGCUGGUGCCGGCCUUCCUGCUGACCGAUCUCCUGCGCUACAAGCCGGUUCUGAUCAUCCAGGGCGUCAGCCAGGUGGCCAUCUGGCUCAUUCUGCUCCUGGGCACCUCCCUCCUUGAGAUGCAGUUCAUGGAGUUCUUCUACGGCAUCACCAUGGCCUGCCGCGUGGCGUACUCCUCCUACAUCUUCUCCCUGGUCAGCCCGGUCUUCUACCAGCGCGUGGCCGGCUACUCGCGCUCCUCAGUCCUCUUGGGGGUGUUCACCAGCUCUGUGCUGGGGCAGCUGUGCAUGUCCCUGGGCAACAUCAGCUUCUACACCCUUAACGCCAUAUCUUUAGGUUUCGUCAGCUUUGGUCUGCUGCUGUCUCUGUGCCUACCCUGGCCCAAACGCUCCAUGUUUUUCAACCGGACGCGGGAUCAGGAGAAAAGGGAACUGGCCGCUUCAUUAGCCACUAAGUCAGAACUGGACAAAAUGAACCCGAAAGAAGGCGGCUUGUCCUCGGCAGCGCCCCCAUGCUCUGCGUCAUGCUGGAGGGAUUCUGUAAUCGUGCAGAUGCUGCUGGAGGUGAGAAACGUGUUGAAGAAGCCCAACCUGAGGCUCUGGUCCCUGUGGUGGGUGUUCAACUCCACAGGGUACUACCUGGUGCUGUUCUACGUUCACAUCCUGUGGAACAAAGUCUACCCGGCCACUGAGAACAAGAAAGUUUACAACGGGGGAGUGGAGGCAGCUUCUACCCUACUGAGUGCGGCGACUUCCUUCAUAGCGGGCUUUGUGAAAAUUCGGUGGAACCUCUGGUCCGAGCUGGUCAUCGGCGUUAUCACAGCAUUGCAGGCGGGUCUGCUGCUCCUCAUGGGCAACACAGAUAACAUUUGGGUGUGCUACAUGUCCUACGUCCUCUUCAGAGGCUUCUACCAGUUCCUGGUGCCUAUAGCCACUUUCCAGAUAGCCUCGUCGCUCACCAAGGAGCUGUGUGCGCUGGUGUUCGGCAUCAACACCUUCUUGGCGAUCAUCCUAAAGAGCAUCAUCAACCUGAUAUUUUCUGACAAGAGGGGCCUGGCGUUGGAUGUGCACUCUCAGUUCCUGGUCUACUUCGUUUACUUAGCCGUGCUUACUGUCAUCUACUUUGUCUGCGCUGCCGUGGUCAUCACCCGUCACUAUAGAAACCAGCCCAAGAGAGGGGAUGGGACCAAUGACCAGACCACACCCACAGAGCUCAGUCCUGUGGCAGCUAAUUCAGAGGCAGAACCUUUGUCUAACAGCAAAAACAGUGCCAAGGCGUAGGAACAAGGAACGCCUUAAACACCUCUCCGUCAACAUCUUAUCUUAUCUAGACUCCAGUUUUGUUUGGUAAGCUUCUCCAACACAGUGGGAUGAAUCAUUUUAACCCUCUGAUGUUGAUGGAGAGGUUUGUUCAGUGUUUGCUGCUGAGCCUUAAUCACAGAAGUGCCUCAUCUGCUACAUGAAGCUCCUACAGGCUGGAGGCGUUUUGUAAUUGCUCAUGAUGGCAUGAUUGAUCAUCGCACGAGAGAACAGAAGUAAAUUCUACUUCUUUUUCUUUUAUUUAAUGCAAAAGCACUAAGUGGCACUAUGUUUUAGUAUUGUGGAAAAUCAUUCUGAGCGGGACCAUUAAUGUAAUGGCCAGAGUUUAGCUUGUUUUGUAUUUUGUACAGGAAACAGAGAAGAAUGAUUUCAGGUGUUGGUAUGUACAUGCUGAACUGUCCUGUUUCAGUGACAGUGUUUUUCCCUUCAAACAAAGGUUCAUGAUUACUAUGUGAUCACUAAAAAUGACUUCAGUAGUCUGCAUUUUCAGGUUUGACACUAUUUAGUUUUUUAUCCACCCUCCUAUUGUACUUAAUGUUACAGAUCAAUUAUUGUGCGUUAGUGUCAUCUGAAAAGAAAUGGACCAUAUCAGUAUAAUUGCUCUUUUUUUUGUCUGUUUAAUCAAAUUUUCACAUUUCACAUUGUUAUAAAAUCAGAUUAUUUGUCCCAGCCUCUGCAUUAGUUCACAUGCAUGUAAACUGCACUUCCAGUGCAGUACGUCAUAUAGUGUGGUUAAUUUUUAAAUGAUUUUAUUCUCGCUGUAACUGUGUUAAAGUUGUUUUUGUUUGCUGUAAUGUAUUUAUUUGAUACAUUGCAACAGCCUACAGAACGUGAUGUUUAGGAGAAGUCAUAAUGUUUAUGGACAUUUUUACACACAUAUACGCUUAUUUGAUGAUUAUUUUAAAUAGUCAUCACUGGAUUUGGUUAUGUAACAAUGUGAUAUUUUUACUUGGUGUUUAAUUAUCAGCAUUAUCAAACGAUCAACCACCGACAGGUUUGUUGUCUUUGUUUUGGGUCAAAUGACGGCUGCUUUUACAUCCAUCAAAAACUGCCAGAGGAAGCACUUGUCUUGGUCUUUUAGACAAUCAUAGGAAUGUGGUGUUAUUCGAUACAACAGGAGCUACAGUGCAAACAUUCAGUAGGUUUUGAAAAAAAAUUCCAUUUGCUUACUUAAAAAGGCAAAUGUGGCCCGUAUAAUAGACAGCAGUAGUUUCUGUAACUUUGGAUUAUAAUUAAAUCGAGAAUGUGAAGAAGUUUGA